GGAACGUAUCCAGAGAACAAAGAGCAGUGAAACAGGCUGGUCCAGUGGUCACAGGCAUCAUAUAUAAAGCCACAGGCUCCAUCUGCAAACAUACACACAGGGACAUUUCACUGAGACAACAAUCAGGUGGACCAACGUGAAGGCGCUGAUAUGAAGUCUGGGUUGCUGAUCAUGGUGGCUGUGGCAGUUCUGCUGCCCAGCUCUGCUGAGGGCCGGAUUGUCUCCAGAUGUGAGGUCAGAGAUGAUCUCAAGAAGAUGCUGGGGAAAGUGGACGACAAAACCUUGGCAACAGUUAUCUGUGAAGUGGAAAGGAGAUCUCGUCUGAACACCUCCUUGGUGACGGUGUUUGGUAAGCCGAUCCCUGCCACAUCCAAGCCACCAGGGAUCACAGGCCCCUCCCCAACAAGACUCAACAAAUUGACCCCUGAAGCCCACACCGCCAAACCGACAAGCACCAAUUCAACAAGCACUAAACUGACCAAUGAUUCUGCUGCUACUUCCUGGCCUGCCAAGCCGGAUCAUAAGGAGACGGAGCAUGGUAACAGCACAGAACAUAAGGGUAAAGUAAGCAGCGGGGAGAAGCCUUCGUUCUACAGCCUUUAUGGGCUCUUCCAGCUGUCUGACAGGCAGUUCUGUGAUUCGGGGCUUUACUCGUCCAAAAAUGAGUGCAAAAUCUCCUGCACAUCCUUCACUAAUGAUGACAUAACUGAUGACACUGCUUGUGUUAUCAAGACCGGGUACUGGAAGGUGAUUGAGAAGGAAGCCUCUGCCUCGUGCCGUCGUGCAGUGAAUUUCUUCAAAGGAUGUAAAUAAAUGGCUGAGAUCACAGCUUCCACCUGCAGGAUCACAACAGUCUCUUCAUCAGAUCCGCCUCCAGUGAGCUGUGAUCGUGGAUCAUUUUCUACUAAACAUUAUGAAGCAUUCUUUCCUUUCU